AUGACAGCUGAGAUUAAUACACAUCGGACGUACCGAUACAUUCCCAGGGUGUCAGUUCACCCUGCAGAUGACGAGGUUGAAAACAUGGAGAAUGGACAAAACAGGAACCAAGCCAUUGCCUCUGAUUUGGAGAUGUCCAACAUAAACAACUGUAACAACAAUGAUGAAGAAAAAGGAAAGAAGAAAGAAUCCAAAAAGAAUAAGAAAGAAAAUAAAGGUAAAUCUGAUGGCAAAAAAGAGAAGAAAAGGAACAAAGAAAAGAAAAAGGACAAAGAGAAGAACAAAACAAAAGAGGAAGAAAAAGGGAAGGAAGAGAAGAAAGACGACAAGAAAGAUGACAAAAAAGAUGACAAGAAAGAUGACAAGAAAGAUGACAAGCAAGGCAAGAUUGAAUUGUCAAAACUGGUACCCAUUCUGGACCCGGCAGGAAACAUGUACUACUACUGGCUCCUGAUAAUUACAAUGCCAGUAAUGUACAACUGGACCAUGCUCAUAGCAAGAGCAUGUUUUGAAGAACUUCAGGCAAAUUACUUGCUCACAUGGUUCAUCCUUGAUUAUGUAUCAGAUAUCCUUUACAUAAUUGACAUGUAUUUCAGGACAAAAACAGGUUAUUUGGAACAAGGACUAUUAGUCAAAGAUGAAAAGAAACUCAGAGAAAAGUAUUUUGCUACGCUACAGUUCAAAUUAGAUAUUUUCUCACUUAUUCCAACUGACUUACUGUAUUUCAUCUUGGGGCUAGAAUAUCCCGAAAUCAGAUUAAAUCGUUUGAGCAGGAUUAGUCGAAUGUUUGAAUUUGUGUCAAGAACUGAAACGAGGACAAACUACCCAAACAUUUUUAGGAUAUCCAAUCUUGUCAUGUACAUUGUAAUUAUUAUCCAUUGGAAUGCUUGUGUAUACUAUUCAAUUUCAAAAGCUAUAGGAUUUGGAGCGGACACGUGGGUAUAUCCAAAUAUAUCUAUUCCUGAAUUUUCUCGGCUUGCUAGGAAGUACGUAUACAGUCUCUACUGGUCAACACUGACACUAACAACCAUUGGAGAAACCCCUCCUCCUGUUCAGGAUUCAGAAUACUUCUUCGUGGUGGCCGAUUUCUUGGUUGGAGUGUUGAUUUUUGCCACCAUCGUUGGUAACGUUGGUUCCAUGAUUUCCAAUAUGAACGCAGCUCGUGCAGAGUUUCAGUCGAGGAUUGACGCCAUCAAGCAGUACAUGCACUUCCGAAAAGUGAGCAAGGAUUUGGAGAAGAGAGUUAUCAAAUGGUUUGACUACUUGUGGACAAACAAAAAAGCUGUAGAUGAAAGAGAGGUCUUAAAGUACCUUCCUGAUAAGCUAAGAGCAGAGAUUGCCAUCAAUGUCCAUUUGGAUACACUGAAGAAAGUUCGCAUCUUUGCAGAUUGUGAAGCUGGUCUGCUGAUUGAGUUGGUGUUGAAACUAAGGCCACAAGUGUAUAGCCCUGAAGAUUAUAUAUGUCGCAAAGGAGACAUCGGUAGGGAGAUGUACAUCAUCAAAGAAGGGAAGCUGGCAGUCGUUGCUGAUGAUGGAAUUACUCAAUUUGUGGUUCUGAGUGAUGGCAGCUACUUUGGUGAAAUUAGUAUCCUAAACAUCAAAGGCAGCAAAGCUGGAAAUAGAAGAACAGCAAAUAUUAAGAGUAUAGGCUACUCAGAUUUGUUCUGUCUCUCAAAAGAUGAUCUCAUGGAAGCCCUCACAGAGUAUCCAGAUGCAAAAGCAAUGCUGGAGGAAAAGGGGAGACAAAUUCUAAUGAAGGAUGGUCUUUUGGAUCUGGAUGUUGCACAGCUUGGAGCUGAUCCAAAGGAUAUGGAGGAGAAAAUAACCAGACUGGACCUUGCAGUUGAUAAUCUACAGACUAGAUUUGCUAGACUUCUAGCAGAAUACAUUGCUACACAACAGAAGCUGAAAGAAAGAGUGACAAAGAUUGAGAACAAAAUUAAACAAUCAGGAAUGCAGUAUGAUUAUUCAGAACUGAUAGAAGUUGAAGCAAAGGAUAAAGCUGAAGAGAGAGAGUGGAUCAUGGGUGAAAGGGACGGAGGAGGUGAC